AUGUCAGAACCCAUCCCAGAAUCCAUCCCCACCUCCUCCGAUCCCCGCUCCAAACGCCCCCUCAAACGCCGUGCCCUCACCCCCGUCACACAGCAAGCCUCGCAAGUCGACGCCCUCUUCGCCAAACCCGACCGCGACAUCCCCAUCCCCUCCUCCACCGCCCUCGCAAAGAAAUCUACCCUCUCCGCCCCUCCCGAAAUUGUCGCCAACGUCCAAGGCUCCAGCGCCGGAGCGGGCAGCGGGGAGUUCCAUGUGUACAAAGCGAGUCGGAGGAGGGAAUAUGAGAGGGUGAAGAUGAUGGAUGAGGAGGUGGCGAGGGAGAAGGCGGAUGAGGAGUUUGAGAGGAAGAAGGAGGAGACGAGGAAGAAGGAUGAGGAGAAAACGGGGAAGAAUAGGAAGAGGAGGGAGAAGAAGAAGAACAAGGGCAAGGAUGGGAACGGAGAGGCCGACCAUGACAACCAAGGAGGAAACAUGAAUGGGAUGUCAAAGCUUGAUCGUGUUACUCUUCCCGGACUGAAGCAGGAUGUAGAGUCAGGGGAUGAACUACCUGCUACGACUGCUGAAGAUGUUGGGGUCAUCAUUCACGAUGACGAUUGA